AUGGGUUGCUCUCCGAAGAAAGAAGUACUAGAGAACAGAGAAAGCUCAUACUUUGGGAAAGCAUCUUGCCUCAAUAGCCUGAGUCAGCCUCAUGUGGAACAAAGCAUAGUUCUCCAUUUGGAGAAGAGUCCAGAAGGGCUGAGUGCUUGUGGAGGGUUUCUGGUGCAAGAAGACUUUGUCCUAACAGCAGGUCAUUGCUUGGGAAGCUCCAUAAGUGUUACCCUAGGGACCCACAACAUCCAUGGACGAGAAAAGACCCAGCAACACAUCACUGUGCUCAGAGCCAUCCGCCAUCCUGAUUACAAUCCACAGACCAUUAGGAAUGACAUCAUGCUACUGCAGGGGGAUUCUGGUGGUCCUCUGGUAUGUUGCAAUGAGGCCCAGGGCAUCAUCUCCUAUGGAAGCAACAAUGGUAACCCUCCAGCUGUAUUCACCAAGAUCCAGAGCUUCAUGCCCUGGAUCAAAAGAACAAUGAGGCAUCUUGCCCCAUGA